AUGGCGCCCCGACGUACGCAAAGAUCUAUCCCCUGCGUGCUAAUGCGUGCCGGGACCUCCAAGGGGCUUUUCAUGCACCGUGCCACCCUCCCCGGUUCCCAAUUCGACUGGUCUCGAGCAAUCGUGGCGGCCAUGGGCUCCUGUUACGGGGACCCCAAGCAGAUCGACGGUCUCGGGGGUGGCUCCAGCGUAACCUCCAAAGUUGCUGUCAUUGGUCCAUCUGCCCAUCUCGGGAUUGAUGUUGACUACACCUUCAUUCAGGUUGCGGUUGGAGAGGAGAGGAUUGAUCUAUCCGGGAACUGCGGCAAUAUGGUUUCCGGCGUAGGCCCCUUUGCGCUACAGGAGGGGCUUGUGAGCGCCGAGCCCGGAGCCAAAAUCGUGGAUGUCCGAAUUUUGAAUACGAACACCAAUCGAGUCAUCGUGGAGACAAUCGAGGUUGACGAGACUGGAGCGGUGGUGGAAGAUGGAGCGUGUCAUAUUCCAGGCGUUGCUGCCCCUGGUGCCCCGAUCAGGGUCGCCUUCGUUGAGCCUCAAGGUAGCAUGACGGGCAAGAUGUUCCCGACCGACCGCGUUUCGGAAGAGAUCGAGGUCAGCACGGUUGAGGGUCUGGAGGGGUUUACUGCGGAGGUGACCAUUGUUGACUGCGCCAACCCUUUUGUCCUGAUAGACUCCCGAUCGCUUCCAACUGCAGCAGCCGAGGAUGGAAACGAAAUACAGAGGCAGGUUGUUGAAGCUAUUCGCUGCGAAGCUGCCGUCCGUAUGGGGCUCGCCAGCACUGUCGCAGAAGCAGGCAAGACCAGCGGGACUCCCAAGGCGGCCAUUCUCGCCAAAUCCGCCCACCCGUCGAGGUCAGACAUCAGGGUCACAGCAUACAGCAUGGGCAAGCUGCACCCAAGCCUGCAGUUGACCGGGGGCGUCUGCCUUGCUGCAGCUGCUUGUGUCGAGAACACCAUCCCGCAUCGUCUGAAAGUGGCAUCUUGCAGCGGCGGACUGGUUACACCACCACUGGACGCCAGCGAAUUGAACACCGGAGGUACCCCUAAAUGUACAGAAACCGUGCGCCUGGAGCACAGUCGUGGAGUGAUGGAGAUGGAUGUUGCAAGGACUAUGACGAAGAAUGGCAUCAAGAUUGAGCGGGUGACUGGCAUUCGUACGGCAAGGAGACUGUUUGAGGGUAAUGUUCUUUUCUACACCUAG